AAAAGAAAAUAAUAAAAAAAAGAAAGAGAGACAGAAACAGAAGGGACACGCAAACAUAUCCAUUAGGUCACAACGGUUCUUGCAACAGCUCUUAUUACCAGAAAGGAAAGAGAGAACGAAUUUUGUUUUUAAGAUAAAGGAUUUAAGUGAGAGUUUGUUUCUGUGGUACUGUGUCAGGUGAAAGAGAGACGAAGAUGGAAAACACUGACGAACUCGUUUCCAUUGAGCUCCCAGCUCCUGCUUCAUGGAAGAAACUGUUUUAUCCGAAAAGAGCAGGUACACCGAGGAAGACAGAGAUUGUGUUCAUGGCUCCCACUGGGGAAGAGAUCAGCUCGCGCAAGCAGCUGGAGCAGUACCUCAAGGCUCAUCCAGGGAACCCUCUCAUCUCUGAGUUUGAGUGGACAACUGGGGAAACUCCAAGGCGAUCUUCAAGGAUCAGCCAAAAGGUGAAGGCAACAACGCCCACUCCCGACAAAGAACCCCUCCUGAAGAAGAGACGGUCUUCUCUCACAAAGAAGGACAAUAGAGAGGCUGCUGAGAAAAACGAAGAGGCACAACCAGCAGAGGCUUCUGUUAAGGAGAACGUGGAGGCUCACAAGGAUGGGCAGACAGAAAACGCAGAGUCUGCUGUGAAGGAGAACAUGGAAGCUGACACAGAAAACGCAGAGGCUAAGAAGGAGAAGGAAGGUGAGCAGGACGGACUGAAGGAAACUGCAGAGGGUGCUGUUAAGGAGAUCAAGGAGGGUGAAAAGACUGAGGCUGAGAAGGAGAACAAGGAAGGUGAAAAGACUGAGGCUGACAACAAAGAGGGAGAAGUUGUGACGGACGAGAAAGAGCCCAUGGAAGUGGCUACCUCUGAGGUGGAGAAGAAGACUGAGAGUGGAGAAACAGCUGAUGAACCUCCCAAAGUUGAAGACCUCAAGGACACUGAAAUGAAAGAGCCACAGGAAGUUGUUGCUGAGGGUGAUGGAGAGAAGAAGCCUGCAGAGGAAGAGACUGAGAACAAGGGCAGCGUAGCAGCAGAAGCUAACGGAGAACAGAAUGUGACUUCUGGUGAGCCUAACCUUGACGCAGACGCAGAAGCUAAUAAGGGAAAUGAAACCAAAGAAGCUGAUGAGAAGAAGACAGAUGGAGAGCCUAACCUUGAUGCAGCCGCGGAAGCUAAUAAGGGGAAUGAAACUGAUGAGAAGAAAACCGAAGCUGUAGCUGAGGAGAAAAGUAACGACAUGAAGGGAGAAGACGCAAACAGAGGCUUAGAGGCGAAUCAAGUCCAACAGCAGCAGGGCACUGCAGCGUCCGUGAGCUGUUAAAACCUAUCGUUCUGUACAGAGCACAGGACGUGAAGAGUUUGUUGUCUGAUUUCAGGUGUAGCAUUAACAUUAUGAGUGGUUGUUGUAUGUGUUGGUAGAACUAAUGUGUCUAUGUAGUUCAUCAUCAUUAGACUCUUGUACUUUUGUACCUUUGUUGUAUUAUCAAUGUUAGGCAUUUUAGUCUGUUUA